AUGAAGUCAACAUUGGCCUUUCUAAGCUAUACGGCGGCCGCUCGCGCAACAGGAGCCAACAUUUGUUGCGCCCAACUCCAAGACGCUCUCGACACUAAGAUCACCCUCCCCGGCCAAUCCACCUACAACACCACUGAAAACUCAUACUGGUCCCUCCAAGAAGCCAAUCUCCAACCGGGCUGCAUCCUGCGUCCCUCGUCACCCCAAGACGUAGCCAAAGCCGUGUCCAUCAUCGUCGGCGUCGACGGAUGUACCUUUGCCAUCAAGGGCCAAGGCCAUGCGCCCGCCGCGGGAUUCGCCAACAUUGACGGCGGUGUGACGUUUGACAUGACAAGUCUCGAUAGUACAGUUCUCAGCCAUGAUAAAUCCGUGCUCAGCGUCGGGGCCGGCGCAUCGUGGUUGCAGGUCUAUGAGUAUCUUGACCCGUACAACCUGGCCGUGGCAGGAGGGCGGAAUGGGCUAGUUGGGGUCGGUGGGUUGACGCCGGGGGGAGGUAUCUCGCAUUUUUCGCCGCGGGUUGGGUGGGCGUGUGACAAUGUGGUGAACUUUGAGGUUGUCCUCGGAGACGGGACUCUCACCAACGCCAACCAAACCUCCAACAGCGAUCUAUACCGGGCCUUAAAGGGGGGCGUCAACAAUUUCGGCGUCGUAACCCGCUUCGACCUGGCCACAUUCCCCCAGGGCAACCUCUCGGUCACAAAGCUCGCCCACGACAUUUCCCAGCGCAAGGCCGUCUUCCAGGCAUUUACCGAUAUCGUGGUAGCCCCUAAGUUUGAUGUUGACACGUCGCUAGUCACGGUGUUGUUGUAUAACUCGACGUCCAAGGCGUGGGUUAUCAGCAACUCGGCUGUGUAUACGCAGCCGGUGGUGAACCCCCCCGUGUUUGCUGAACUUGCUGCUGUGCCAAGCGUUUCCAACAGUUCGGAGAUCACUUCAUUGGCGGCUUAUGCAAAGGAAGCUGCCACACCUCCCCUAAACUGGCUCUUUGCCACAGCCACAUUCAAGCCGUCAGCCAAGUUCAUGCUGGACAUUUUCGACAUCCUCAACGGCACGCUGUACUCCUUUAACCCAGAGGGCGGUAUUGUAUGGAGUAUUGCCCUGGAGCCCCUUCCGGCCGUUCUGGUAUCCCAUGCAGCCAAGACGGGCGGCAACGUCCUCGGUGUCAGUCCCGAAGAUGGCAAUAGUUAUGUCAUGCUCCUCUCGGCCCUCUGGCCCAACUCUGCGUCCAAUCCGGCUGUCGACCAGAUCUCACGCGAGCCUGUCGCCAAGAUUGAGUCCCAGGCGCGGGCAAAGGGGUUGCUGCAGAAGUUUCAGUACAUCAACUAUGCCGCGCCGUACCAGAAACCUCUGGCGUCGUAUGGAGCGAAGAAUCUUGAGUUUCUGAAGGGAGUGAGCAAAAGGUAUGACCCGGAGGGGGUGUUCCAGACCCGGGUGCCUGGAGGGUUUAAGCUGGCGUAG